UGGGGGUUCAGACGGUGCAGACUGUCCCGUCAGUGAGCAGAGCUGCAGUGAUGGCCCAGGUAAAGGUAGCAGGAGACGCAGUGAGGAGCCACGAGGACUGUGCAGAGGUUUACUCUGAUAUGGCUACUGUCAGCUCCAGUGCAGAUAUAGGAGGGUCGGCGAGGAAGGGGUCGUUGUGUGAGACCUCCAUGGGCGUCAGCCUCAGCAGGCGGAGCCGGGCCUACCCUUCCCCGGCCAGGAGACGGCACCGCACCACCUUCAGCCACAAGCAGCUGGAGCAGCUGGAGGUGGCCUUUGGACAAAACCAGUAUCCCGACAUCUACUACAGAGAGGAGCUGGCUCGCAUCACCAAGCUCAACGAGGCCCGCAUACAGGUUUGGUUUCAGAACAGAAGAGCCAAACAGAGGAAGCAGGAGCGGGCCUCCCAGAAAGUUCUCCCAGUGGGUGUGAUUCCGGGCCACAGGGCGCUGCUGGGCGGCAUGCACGUCCAGCCGCCCGCCAUGGCUCGGCAGUACUACACCCAGCCCCUGGCUCACAUCCCCCGCCUCCCCCCCAUGCUGCCCUCUGGUGCGUACUCCCGCCACCCGGGCCCGGUGGGCCCCUGCCCCUGCCCCAGCGUCCCACCACAGCCAGCCGCCCAGCGGCAGCACGAGGACUGGUACAGCCCGCUGAGGAGCAGCCUCACCUCGCCCAUGUUCUCGCUGGCCCCAAUGCAGCCUCUGGAUCCCGCCUCGCACUGGAGCUAAGAAGUAACAGAGGCCAGUUCAAAAAGAAAAUCGCAUUAUCAUGCACCAUUUGUUUAACAUUCACACACUUUCUUACUCAUUUUAGCGUUAACUCGUUUUCAUUUUCAACCUACAAUUCCCCAAAUACUUGAAAGUUUCAAACGCACAGCCUGUGGUUGCAUAUCAGCUUUUGCUAGUAAAACAAAAGAACCCUAGAAGAAAUUAAAUUUUGUGAAUGGGCAGAAAAUUAUUAUAAUCUAACUUGUGGCGAGUCUACAAAGAGUCCAAGAAAACAGAUGUGCUCUUGUGAAUAUCUGAGUACAGAUUUAAACAAAAAAAACCUGUUACCACACUGUGGUUAAACAUGUAGACACACAUUUAGGUAACAAGCCCAAGUUCUUGCUCUGAUUUGGGCUGUGAAAGUAACUUCAGUGUAACACAGUGUGGGAACAUUAAGUUUAAAAUCUUUACUCAAAUGUCAAGCUUUCUCACAGGUGCCUAUAUUGGUGCUGAAUAUCAUCAAAAUGUGUUGAUUCUGAUUCACAUUUGAUCCUCUAAUGAAGUUUUUUUAUAAAUAUAUUUUACAUAUUGUUCUCCUACAUCCACCAACACUAAUAGAGUGCACUGUUUUCUCGAGUGGAAUUUAAAGUUGUUUUG